AAAGCAAUUGUGAACAGUGUGGGGGUUUCACAUCGAGAUGACUACGGAUUGCUGCGGAAUUCCGUUCAUUAGUGGUGUAAAUGCGAGGGGUUUCGAAAGAAGAAAUUCGUCAGUACUUUUGCUACUUUCGACAACCACCGCUGUCUGCUCGUUAAUAUUCUCUUCGUCAUUGAAAUAAGGGUUAUCGGGCGGCCUGAUCAAAACCUAAAUAGUAGCUUGGGUCAAUAUUAUCAGAAAGCUGUCUUCUCAAGUGUUAAAUCCACUGUUUGUUACGUGGGUAGUCGUUCCGCCGCCCUCCGGGUUGGCUGCGAUAACAUUUGAUUCAGAUCAAUUUCUCGUCGGAAGAGAUUUUUUUAACGUGACUUUCUUUGCGUGAAAUUUCCGCGGCAAUUUCCUCGCGACUUACUGGGAGCUGCAACGGAGUCUUGCGGAAUGGGCAGCGAUCACGAGGUCACACCUCGCCCACCACUGGUAUUAAUGCAGUUGUAGCACGCACCUGUUAAAUACCUUAAGUGGGUAUCAGGCCACUAAACGGUUUAACAAACCAUUCUCGCCUUCGAUGGGGCUACCGUGGUCCUUACCUCAAAUCGCUUGCCUAUACCGCAUGCGUGGUAUUCGCUGGUGCAGCAUGGUGGUAUCCGCAUGAUGAGCAAAGCUGUGUCCUCUCUCCGCGCUCGCCUCGUCCACACGGGACUGCCUCGACGGUAGUGACGUCACAUGGUGUUGAUUACCUUGCCAAGAGCCAAUCACUCGUCGAAGGUGCGAAUUAUAGCGAAGUGGUCAUCGAUAUAAAGUCUCGCACGCUGCAAGGGUUAGCUCAUUAUCACAUGUAACACAACCAAUAUGUUGUACCGGACCGUCAGACUUAGAUGGCCGUUCUCCUUGGUGUGGUGGACUGUGCUGAUCGUCGACGCGAACGCCUCGUGGUGGUGGAUGGGAAUAUCUGCAUCUGGGAGCAUCAGUGGGAAUUCCGUUUCGCCGAGUUGUAGCCGAGUGCCAGGGCUCUCGCUGCAGCAGCUCAGAAUGUGUCUUCAAAAACCCGAUGUUAUUCCUAGCGUCAGCCAAGGCGCAAACAUCGGUAUUCACGAAUGCAAGAAACAGUUCAAGUACGAGCGAUGGAAUUGCUCCACGUCUAACGACCCUACAGUGUUUGGCACACUAUUAAAAAUUGCGCACAAAGAGUCAGCCUUUGUAUACGCCAUAACGUCCGCCGGAGUUGUGCACGCCGUCGGCAAAUCUUGCAGUAAAGGCAACCUUACCGAGUGCAGUUGUGAGUCGAAAAGAGGCGCAAGGAAUCAGCCCAAAGGCUGGGAGUGGGGUGGGUGCAGUGAUAAUGUCAACUACGGGGUUUGGCUCUCGAAAACAUUCGUUGACGCGCCGGAGAAGGCGGACAGACGAGCGCGCUCCCAGAGGAAGGCUAGAGCAAUGAUGAAUCUACACAACAAUGAGGCUGGCCGGGAAGCUGUGCUGGCGCUCAUGCGGGUCCAAUGUCGUUGUCAUGGCGUCUCAAGCUCAUGCGCAGUAAAGACUUGCUCCAAAUCUCUACCAAAAUUCGAGGAAGUUGGCGAGGCUUUGAAAGCGGAGUACAAAGACGCCAUUCGAGCUGUGUACAUUAAGCGAAAGCGAAAACUCAAGCGGAAAGAUAACAAGAAACUUCGUAUCCCAUCCUCGUCGCUCGUGUACCUGGAUGAAUCUCCGAAUUAUUGCUACAGAGACAAAAAACUUGGUAUUGAUGGGACCUCGGGUAGGGAGUGUAACAAGAACUCUAGUGGGGUGGACGGGUGUGAUUUACUGUGCUGUGGCAGCGGGUACAACACGCAGACGGUGCGGAGCGUUCAUUCGUGUCAUUGUCGGUUCAUUUGGUGUUGUAAUGUAGUGUGUAAGAAGUGCGAGAAGAUCUUUGAUAGGUAUACUUGUAAAUAGACUAUUCCUGCACGCCUUGAGACUUGCUGAUAACAAGGCCGCCGCCUUUUUGUCUUAAAGCACUGUGGAACCUCUAUUUAAAAGACCGCAAAAGACAGAACGAACGAAACAAUAGAUCAGGGCCACGUAUUUUUUAAGAAGGAAUUUCCCCACCCAGCACAACUCUAUACUCAGUCAAUGGUAUUAUCUGGUUAUUUGUAAUUUCCCGGUAAUACUGUCAAUGAACGGUGGGUAGGAAGAAGCGAGUCAGGCAUUGGCUUUUUAUUUAUUUGCUAUAGACGAUUUAAAAUAGGGCCUGUGGCAGGAUGGGUGUGUGGAUACAAUUUGUACUCUUCUACUGCUUUUUGUUGACGCACUAAUAACAAUUUUGUUAGAGUAUUAA